GGUUAGCAGGAAGUUCCUACUAAAAAUACCCCGAUGUCAGGCAGAAGAAAGGACGUGGUUCGAGGCGGAUAAAUUUAGGGAUUUCAUGCAUAAGUCAAAGAAGUCGUCGGAAACAUGUCGGGACAGAGGGCAAACGACUUAUGUUUAGUGUUUAAACAUCCGCUGUCGGUUUUCUUUCUGCUUUUUAUUUUAAUCAGCUCUAUCAACUCAGUUUCCUUCACCGAACAGCCAGGGAAGGAGGCAGAGACUUAUGACAAAUACUACAAUUACGACGAACUUACUGUCCUUCUUAAAAGUCUCGCUCAGAAAUACACAAACAUCGCAAAUCUGACCAGCAUUGGAAGAUCUGUUGAAGGCAGAGAGCUAUGGGUGAUGAGGAUCACCAGGGACCCCUCUGCUGAUACACCAGGAAAGCCCAAAUUUAAAUACGUGGGCAACAUGCACGGAGACGAGACCGUGUCCCGACAGGUUCUCAUUUACCUGCUGGAGUACCUGCUGCAUGGGUAUGGCGACGACCAGCGGGUCACUGAGCUGGUGAACACCACAGAUAUUUACAUCAUGCCUAGCAUGAACCCUGAUGGAUUUGAGAAGUCUGUCGAGGGGGAUUGUGUGGGCAAAUAUGAUGGUCGGUCUAACGCCAAAAACAUUGACCUUAAUAGAAGUUUUCCAGACCAGUUUGAUAACAUAGAAGUUAAACAAGAUGACAUCCCUGAAGGUAUUGCUGUCAUGAGAUGGAUAGUGGAGAACAAAUUUGUUCUGUCUGGGAAUCUGCAUGGUGGUACUGUGGUGGCCAGUUAUCCCUAUGAUGACUCGCCGUCCCAUGAUUCUGAAGGCUUCUACAGCAGGUCGCCCGAUGAUGCUCUCUUCAAAUACUUAGCGCGGGUUUACGCAGAGAAUAAUCCUGUCAUGAAAACAGGUCAGCCAAAAUGCGAGGAAAACCCAGAUGAGACCUUCAAGGAUGGCAUCACUAACGGGGCGAGCUGGUAUGAUGUGUCAGGAGGAAUGCAGGAUUUCAAUUACCUCAAAGGGAACUGUUUGGAAAUCACCAUGGAGCUCAGCUGCUGCAAAUACCCACCCGCAUCGCGACUGAAAACUGAAUGGGAGAACAAUCGGGAAUCCCUGCUGGCUUACAUGGAAAAGAUUCACAUCGGAGUACGUGGCUUUGUCAAUGCGGCCAGGAAUGGAGCUCCUCUUGCAGAAGCAGUGAUAAUGGUUGCAGGCGUUAAUCACAAUGUGAGCACUGCACGUUUUGGUGACUACUAUCGGCUGCUGCUCCCCGGCACCUACAACAUCACAGCCGUAGCCCCAGGCUACAUUCCCAUUACUGUUAAUGUGACUGUAAAAGAAGGCAAAGCCACCGAACUGAACUUUACCCUCAAGGCAGAGGGUGAUGACAAUCCAACCACCCCAUUGUCCACAGACUACUCUACUGCCACCACCAUAAACACCGCCAAUGCAGACAGCAGCGCCAGUGCAGACAGCAGCGCCAGUGCAGACAGCAGCGCCAGUGCAGACAGCAGCGCCAGUGCAGACAGCAGCGCCAGUGCAGACAGCAACACCAGUGAGGGAUCAGUGGACCAAGAGUCAAGCCUCCCGGUUCAGCCCCAGGACUUCCGCCAUCACACCUUAAGUGACAUGGAGCUAUUCCUAAAGAAGUUCAACUCUACAUACAAGUCCAUCACACGGCUCUAUGACAUUGGCAAGUCCGCGCAGGGGCGUCUUCUGUGGGUCAUGGAGAUCUCUGACAACCCUGGUGUCCAUGAGUUAGGUGAACCCGAGUUUAAAUACAUUGGCAAUAUGCACGGCAAUGAGGUGGUUGGUCGGGAGCUGCUGCUUAACCUCAUCGAGUACCUGUGCCUUAACUAUGGCAGAGACCCCGAGGUCACAGAGCUGGUCAAUUCCACCCGCAUCCACAUCAUGCCUUCCAUGAACCCGGACGGAUAUGAAAUUUCUAAGGAGGGAGAUGUCAGUGGCAUCCAGGGUCGUAACAACAGUAACAAUUUUGACUUGAACCGUAACUUUCCUGAUCGCUUCAAAUUAGUCACGGACCCUCUUCAGCCAGAGACCAUUGCAGUUAUGAACUGGGCGAAGAACUACCCUUUUGUGCUGUCUGCCAACCUUCAUGGAGGCUCUUUGGUGGUGAAUUAUCCAUAUGAUGAUAAUCUAGAGGAUGGUAUUCAGUACAGCAGGUCCCCAGAUGAUGAUGUAUUUAAAAUGGUGGCUCUCGCAUACUCCAAGGAAAACGCUAAAAUGCAUAGCGGUCACCCUUGUGAAGAAAUGAAUCUUGGAUACCAAGAUUAUUUUAAAGAUGGUAUCACCAAUGGAGCUGAAUGGUACAACGUCCAUGGAGGGAUGCAGGACUGGAACUAUCUCAACACUAACUGCUUUGAGGUGACCAUUGAACUGGGCUGUCCUAAGUAUCCAGUAGCGGCAGAUCUGCCAAAGUACUGGAAUGAAAACCGCAGAUCACUUCUACAGUUCAUCCAUCAGGUACACAGAGGGGUUAAGGGGAUGGUGAUUGACAGCAAGGAUGGGUCUGGCAUACCCAAUGCGACCAUCAUCGUGGACGGCAUUGAUCACCCCAUCACAACCAAUAUCGCAGGGGACUAUUGGCGCUUGCUAGUCCCAAAAUCAUACCACCUGACUGCCUCUGCCCAAGGCUACAAGUCAGUUAGCACCUAUGCCUCUGUACCCAACGAAGGGGUAGAGAUUGUUAACUUCACACUGACCCGAAUUAGCACCAACGUUAACGGGAAGAUGACAGAUGAUUCCUCGCCGGUUCAGGAUCCUAGCAUGAAGGAGUUCCAGAAUCUCAUUAAGCAGCUUUCAGGAGAAUCUGGUCUGGACGAGCUGAUCGAGAACACUUCUACCCAAAGCAGUUUCAGUUACCGGCAAAACAAGGACGUUUCCGAAUUCCUGAGGGGCCUCAACCUGAACUUCCCAAAAAUCACCGUAGUUCACAAUCUUGGCCACAGUGUGGAGUAUAGAAUUAUACAGGCUCUGGAGAUCUCCAACAACCCUGAAGUCCAAGAACCAUCCAAGCCCAAGAUCCGCUUUGUGACAGGCAUUCAUGGCAAUGCCCCAGUGGGCACAGAGCUGCUUCUGGAGUUUGCUGCCAGUCUCUGCAUCAACUAUGGAAAAAAUGCAGCCAUCACCAGGCUAAUCAAUGAGACCAGAAUUUUUAUCCUACCCAGCAUCAACCCAGAUGGCCGUACGCUGGCAGUGGAAAAAGACUGCACUUCCACUGUUGGCAUGACCAACGCUCGUGGCAUAGAUCUUGACAAUGACUUCUUUGGUAAUACAUCUCAACAUGCUGGAGAUCUUCAGCCAGAGACACAAGCUGUGAUGAACCUUAUUCAAGAAAGGGGCUUUACCCUCUCUGUGGCUCUGGAUGGAGGCUCUUUAUUGGCCACAUACCCAUAUGACAAACCAGUGCAACCUGUUGAAUAUGAAGAGACACUGAGAUAUUUGGCUACUGUGUAUGCCAACCACCAUCCCACAAUGCACUUAGGCAAUGGGUGUCCAAACAAUGGCCAAGUGGGCAACAUCCCUAAUGGUGUACUGCGAGCAGCAGAGUGGCACAGUCAUAUGGGAAGCAUGAAGGACUUCAGUGUGGACUUUGGGCACUGUCCUGAAAUCACUGUCUACACCAGCUGCUGCCUGUUCCCUUCGAUCGAAAUGCUGCCCACGCUUUGGAAAGAGAACAGGAAGUCACUGCUGAGAAUGCUGGUGGAGGUACACAAAGGGGUUCGUGGGAUGGUCAUGGAUAAGAAAGGUAAGCCCAUUGCGGGCGCUGUGAUAGUGCUGAACGGUGGUUUGAGACUCUUAAGCAGUGAGGGAGGGUUCUUCCACGCCGUUCUGGCCCCAGGUAUACACAACAUUGAAGUGGUAGCUGACGGCUACCAGCAGCAAUCCCUAAAGGUGUCGGUGUCACAGUUUGAAGCAGCAAGCAAGAUUAUUAUUCGGUUUGACAUGGAGAACAAUAUAUUUGGCCUUCCAAGAGAAUUAGUUGUGGCAAGUGCAGCCGCAGCAAUGACGGCCCUGGUUAUCACUGCCUGCAUCAUCUGGUGCGUCUGCUCAGUCAAGUCAAACAGACAAAAGGACGGAUUCCAUCGGCUGCGGCAGCACCGCGACGACUAUGACGAUGAGGUCCGUCUCAUGUCCAUGGGCUCCAAAAAGUCUCUUCUGAACCACGAAUUUCAAGAUGAGAGUGAAAGUGAUGAAGAUACGUUAUACACCAACAAACUUUGAGAGAGAUUUCUCUUCCCAGAGUCUGUCCACUGCCCGCCGGACCACUAGAGGGCGCUCACUUUAUGAGCCAGCAGCUUUAUGAUCCAAACAGUCCAAACUUUUAAGGACCACCACACGAUGCACCUUUUAGUGUAUGCAACUUAUGCUCUCGACCAGACUGUUUGUAUAUCUGGGUCUACUAAGUUAUACUGGUCUUUACCCUUUAAGUGGAAAUUGAACACCUAGAGUCCAUUAAUGCAUAAAUCUCAACAGGAUUAUGAAACACUGUGCCUUGUUAGGUUAAAGGUUGCUUGAUGGGUGAGAUAGGAGGAUAAGUAUUUUGAAGUGUAUGUUUUUUGCAACAUCAGGAUGAAUGAAUCCAUAUGGAAUCUGGUUUAGCUUUAUUUUAUUACACAAAUCAGAUGCAGAAUGCUGUGUGUUGUUUUCAGUAUGUGUAGUUGUAUAUAUCCAGCUUAAAGGUUCAAAACAUUUCACAUUACGCUGUUGUUCACCCAAUCAAGAUAUUUCAUACAUUUUAGCAGUAAAGCAUUGCACUUCUCUGACUAAGAUGUUUAGCUUGCUGAUGUCAACAGCGAAUAUAGAGCAUUUAGUUAAGAAUUGCAUUUAAGCAGCCUCUCAUUAUGGUUUCUAUUUAUACAGCUGCACAUUAGUCGUAUAAAUGAUGUGUUAGGUUGGCAGACAAGCAUGAUCACUGCCUUGUUGUUUCUCAAUAUACCAAGGACUUGAUAGUGUUUAGGAAGUGCAUCUGAACGUUUUUGUCUUUAAUUUGCACUCUUACAAACAUGGUCCCUGUUUCAUUUAUUUUAAGGAAUGUAUUUAUUUUUAUUUUAGCAUUCAUCCUGACUCUCAGGCAUCCCAAAAAGAUCACAAAUGUCAGAACAGUAUAAAACUUAAUUUAUGCAGAAAUGUUAUUUGCAAUCGAGGAAAUGGGAAAUUUGAGUUUUGUGUUUAAGAAUCUGUGAAGGUGGAAAGUGUGCUCUGUAUUAAUUCUUCAAUUUUUCUUUUAUCCUCCUCUCUUACACUUCACUAAUGUAAUGAUUGGGAUAAAGAAGAUAAGAAGUGUCUGGUAUUGAUCAACCACAUGUGUUAAAGUUCAGCCAAAAAUGAAAAUUCUGUCAUUUACUUACUCUCAUGUUGUUACAAACCGAAAUACAAUUUUUCGUCAUGAUGAACACGAAGGAAGAUAUUUUAAGGACUUUUUCCUACUAUGGAAGUAAGGAUGAUGAAUGGUUUGAAAUGUAUACAGGUUUGUAACAACAUGAGAGUGAGUAAAUGUUGACAGAAUUUUCAUUUUUUGGUGAACUAUCCCUUUAAUUUAUAACAUUAAAAAUAUGUGUUUUGAUUUCAUGCUUUUAAAGGAGAAAACACCUCAUCACACACAUAUCAUGUUUGAAUAAUUCACAUAAUUUUUGUAUCAGAUUGAUUUCUCUAAUAAAUCAUAUGAGGAUAAUUAGGUCUGUUUGAUUAGUUGCAGAUCCUAUUACCAACUACGUCUUAAUCUGAUUGGCUUGAUGUUGACUUUCAUGCUUGAAUGUAAGUUCCAGGUUGUGUUUGAACAAAUAACUUUUCUAUGUCUGUGCUGAUGUUUUUUUCUAUACAAUAAUGAUUGUAAAUACUAAAUUGUUGCCAACUAUAUGUAAAUUACACAAGUGCAAUUUCUGUUGAGUGAAAGAACUGCGCAAAUUAAUCUGCCUUUAGUUCUGAAAUGAAUGGUGUCUAAUGAAAUGAAAUGUAAAUAAAACAGUCAAUGUUCUCAA